CAAAGAAACCUGAUUUUAAUCGAUCUUUAAAAAGCAGCUGUGUCGCUGGCCGGUGAAUGUGACAGACAGCAACGGCAUUUGUUCUGAAAUUUAGAGGGACUGUGAUCGCGUGCUGUAACAGAGAAUAGUUCCACAUCGUUCCUGACAAGUAAACGACACGGUGAAGUGAAGACAGGAGGAGGAGUCUGAGAGACUGCGUGCUGCGACCGUUUCCUGUCCAGGGCAUUAGGAUGGCUUCCACACUGCUGUACCGCCAGCUCGCUGUCAAUCUGCAGCAGAACCUGCGACUGUCGACGCCAAGUUACAGAUGCAUCAGCAAGGCUGCGACUAAGAGCUCACCGGAUCUGGAGUUCGAUGGGCCUUCCAUGAAGACCGAGGUUCCUGGUCCCAGAUCCAGGGAGCUGACAAAACAGCUGGAUAAGAUCCAGAACACCGGCGCGAUAAACUUCUUCUGCAACUACGAGGAGAGCCGAGGGAAUUACCUGGUGGACGUGGAUGGGAACAGGAUGCUGGACCUCUACACUCAGAUCUCAUCCAUCCCCAUCGGUUACAAUCACCCAGCACUCCUCAAAGUGAUGCAGAACCCGCUGAAUUUGAGCGCUUUUGUGAACAGACCCGCUCUGGGGAUUCUGCCUCCAGAGAACUUCCCUGGGAACCUGUUGGAUGCGUUACUGUCAAUCGCCCCCAAAGGCCUCCGGAAAAUCCAGACCAUGGCCUGUGGGUCCUGCUCCAAUGAAAAUGCCUACAAGGCAGCCUUCAUCUGGUACAGAUGCAAGGAGAGGGGGAACAUGAAGCCCACCAAAGAGGAUCUGGAUUCGUGUUUGAUCAACCAGGCUCCUGGUUGCCCUGAGUUCAGUAUCCUAUCCUUCAUGGGUGGAUUCCACGGCAGGACUCUAGGCUGCCUCGCGACGACGCACUCCAAGGCCGUGCACAAGCUGGACAUGCCCACGUUCGACUGGCCCAUCGCCCCGUUCCCCAGGCUGCGCUACCCGCUGGAGGAGUUUGUGCGGGAGAACGCGCAGGAGGAGGCACGCUGCCUGGAGGAGGUGGAGGACCUCAUCGUGAAGUACAGGAAGAAAGGAAAGACGGUGGCCGGGAUCGUGGUGGAGCCCAUCCAGUCCGAGGGAGGGGACAACCACGCCUCUACAGACUUCUUCAAGAAGCUCCGAGACAUCGCCAAGAAGCACGGCUGUGUGUUCCAUGUGGAUGAGGUCCAGACUGGAGGGGGCGGCACUGGGAAGUUCUGGGCUCAUGAACACUGGGGGAUGGACGACCCAGCCGACAUCGUCUCCUUCAGUAAGAAGAUGCUCACCGGAGGAUACUUCCACAAGGACGAGCUGACUCCUGCUGAGCCAUACCGAAUCUUCAAUACGUGGAUGGGAGACCCAUCCAAGAACCUGCUCCUCAAUGAAGUCCUCAACGUGAUCCGGACUGAGAAUCUGCUGGACGAGGUUUCCCGGGCUGGGAAAGCGCUGAUGGAUGGACUGCAUGAUUUCCAGGGUCGCUACCCCCAUCUUCUGAGUGCAGCCAGGGGCCAGGGUACCUUCCUAGCCAUCGACGUGAGAGAUGAGGCAACACGCAACAACCUGAUCAUAAAGGCCAGGAACAAAGGUGUCGUUCUCGGAGGCUGCGGAGAGCGUUCCAUUCGGUUCCGCCCCACCUUGGUCUUCAAACAGCACCACGCCCAUGUCUUCCUGAACAUCUUCAACGACAUCCUGGCAGAGUACAAGUAGGGUGCAAGAGAGCUCCGCUUCACAGCAAAGCACAGGGUCCAAACCCCUCCCUCGAGCAAUCAAAAUGAGCCAAUCACAAGCCUUGGUUAAGAACCAUCACAUACAAGCAAACAGCAACGCACAAUGGGGAGUUAAUUUUAAAUAUUGUUAAAAAAAAAAAAAAAAAAACCUUGUUAUAAUUUUAUAUAAGGGCUCCAGCAAAAUUGUAAUCCCUCUGGGGGUGGGGGGCAACCGAGUAGGGAGAUUUAUUUUCUUUUUAUUAUAAUGGUUUGUUUUUAAUUGUUCACCCAUCCUGGAAUGUGUCAGUAGUUUGACUGGAUAAGCUCCUCCCCUGCCUUUGUGUUCGGGGGGUGCCGUGUGGAAGCAGGGAACGCUGCUGGGUGGAUGCAAGCAAAAACCGUCCCUUUACAUGCCAACAGGAUUCGCAUACAGUAGAGCCUCGCCUGUCAGAAACUAUGGAGCUGGAGGGACACAUUAGUGACUGAAGGACGGGGUUUCAGUGCUUCGUAGCUUAGCAGAUGAGUAGCUACUGCAGUCUUUGAGUUUUAAAAGUGCGGGACUUGGACUAUUUCUUUUGUAUUUUAAUGCGACCCACUAUUGCAUGUUAUUGUCAGGCGCUCUUGGGUAAGUUUUGGCAUUGCAAUUCCAGUAGUACAUGUGUAGUCCACCAGCGCCCAGGUAGGGCUUGCCAGCUGAAACGGCGUUGCCCAUGCAGCACAACGCACAUGCCCUGUCCGCUCCCUCGCGUGUCUGAAGGCCUGCCGCGUGGUCUCUUUUCAAGCAGUGUGGCUCUGCUGUACUGGAGCACAGAAAGGGAAGGUUCUUGCCCCUCCGCAGACGAGUUCCUGGGUACGAUCCACUUGGGGUAACAGCCCAGAUCCCAGGCUGGGUCUCUUUAUGAGAGCUCAUUGCAGUUUGGAUAAUUUGGAUAAGCACAACGCAUUUCUGUUUCUACACUGGAAGUGAAAAAGCAAUACCUUAAUUACAAGAUAAGAGAUGGAGAGCAUACAUCGAACUGUCAAUGAAGAAAUUAACAGUAUCAUACACACUCUACACACAGUUUAAUUGAACAGUAUCAUACACUCUCUACACACAGUUUAAUUGAACAGUAUCAUACACACUCUACACACAGUUUAAAUGAACAGUAUCAUACACUCUCUACACACAGUUUAAAUGAACAGUAUCAUACACACUCUACACACAGUUUAAAUGAACAGUAUCAUACACUCUCUACACACAGUUUAAAAGGUGUACUGACAAGGCUUCACACAGUUCUAGUGUUUGAUUAAACUGCAGCAGGCAGGUCUAGUAUUAAUGUAAAAUAGACAUGGCUGUUAACACCCUGCCCUGGGUUUCAGAGUGUAUAUUAUUGAAUGAGCAGUUGCCAGGAAUUUGAACAAUCACGCCUUUGCUAACUCCACUGGAGCCUCAUCACAGCACACACGAGUCUGAGGGGUCACCAUGAGGAGGUGUUCAUACAGCUGUAGUGGAGGAAUAAGAGUGAGUUUCUCACCCUGCUGUAUUAACGCACCAAUAAGCAGUCCUACACACGCUUAUUAUUACAAUGAUCUAACCCAGGAGUAUUUUGGAAUUUGCUUUUUAUUCACAGGAGGUUAUGAACAUCAUUGCAUUUUUCUUCUCUGUUUUGCCUUCCGUCCCUAAACGUGACACAUUCUUCACCAAACGAGUGAAGGUAAGGGUAAUAAAGGAGAUGGUGUUUAAAGCUGUUGCAUGGAAAUACAACAAGACUCUGUCAGUCUCCUCCUCUCCCCUCCCCUCGCCUCCCCUUCAUCUUCAGUGGGCUUGGACUAUUCAAACCGGCGUCUUCAUCUGCAGUUAUUUCUGUUGUGUUUGAUAACUGACAAUACUGUCCCAGUUGUAGUUACAUAUAUAAUACGGUCUAUAUAAACCCAUUAAUGCACAAUGCACAUUGUAACAUGCACACGUUUCAACCCCAUACCUUCACACAGCUGUAUCCGAUCAUGAGACUGAACUUCUUAGAAUCGGACUGCAGUUCUCGUCAGUCGCGUCUUUAGAAAUAUAUAGAACGUCUUAACUGUUUAUGCAAAGUGAAGCUUGCUGAUCAGUUGCACACGACACAGUCAGAAGGGAGGCUGGUAAUUGCCUUUAUCUUUUUUUUUCUUUCGUAGUGUUUACUGACAUUUUGUAGUUGUGGUGAACGUGAAGUUCAUAACUGAAGCUUGUCUAGUCUGCGUAAAAGAAAAAAAAAGAAAGCUUCAUAACUCUGUCUGUCAAGAAUAGGUUAAUGAAAACUUUGCCAUUAAUGUUUACUAAACUGCCAAGUGUGGCUGUAACCUACAAAAAUCUAGUCCUUAUUCUUGUGAUUGAAAAAAAAAAAUGUAUCAGUAUUGUGAAAUAAACUUCAUUGUAAUUCUGUGUA